AUGGAUUAUGACAAGUUAUCUAUUGCACACGGAGCUGAGCUUGGGUCUUACAUGGAUCGGCAUGAAGAUGAAUGUCUUUCAGGCACUAGGACUGAGCUCCUUGAAGAAAUUGCGCAAUGGGCUGAGUCUCCGCAAGGAAAACUUAUAUUUUGGUUGAAUGGUAUGGCGGGGACAGGGAAAUCCACAAUAUCCCGAACAGUGGCAAAAUCAUUGAAAAAUGACAAGUUGCUAGGAGCAAGCUUCUUCUUCAAGAGGGGCGAAGGAGAUCGAGGCAAUGCAAUGAAAUUUUUCCCAACAAUUACUGAACAAUUGGUCCGCAGGCUUCCGGAAAUGAUGCUAUCUAUCCAGAAAGUAAUCCAUGAAGACCCCAGAAUCUCGGAGAACUCGCCGAUGGACCAGUUUGAUAAGCUUCUGCUUCGACCUCUCUUAGAAUUGAGACUAUCCGGUCAUGCGAUCCCUCCAAUUGUGAUAGUAAUUGACGCAUUGGACGAAUGUGAAGGGGAUAAGGAUAUACGAUUAAUAGUCCAACUGCUGUCACAACUGCAUAGGCCAACUGCUGUUCGCAUUCGGCUAUUCUUGACAAGCAGGCCUGAAUUGCCGAUUCGUCUCGGCUUUUCAGAGAUCGCCAAUAAUGUCUAUCAGGAUCUAGCUCUCCAUGAGAUCCCUGAAAGGGUGACAGAACACGACAUAGAUUUAUUCCUGAGGGACCGAUUUGCAAAGAUCGGGCACGACAGAAAAGUUUCUCGAAACUGGCCCAGCGAUGGCAUAAUCCAAGCCUUGGUUAAAAUGGCAGUUCCAUUGUUCAUUUCCGCCGCUACAGUGUGUCUACAAAUUGAAAAAUCAAGACUGGAGCCUGUUAUGCACCUUGAAAAACUACUAGAAGACCAAUCUAGAUAUGUUACAAGAAUGGACAAGACCUAUCUGCCAAUUCUCAUGAGGUUUGUCGAUGACCAAAACCACCAUGACUGGGAGCAAGAACAACUAUUGCGUGAGUUCCAGGAUAUUGUCGGUAUCAUCAUCAUACUUGCCGUUCCACUCUCUAUCAACACGCUUUCUCAAUUCAUCGGGACAGGAAAGGACAUUAUCAACAAUCUGUUGGAUUCAUUCCAAUCUGUUCUCAGCGUACCCGAUGACCAUGAUCGUCCAGUCAGGACUUUACAUCUCUCUUUUCGAGAUUUUCUCCUUAACACUACGAGUAUAUUUCGUGUGGAAAAGUCAAAGAAACACAGUGAAAUUUGCGCAUACUGUCUCAAAACCAUGCAAAGGCACCUGAAAAACAAUAUCUGCAAUCUAGAUAACCCAGGGACUUCUAGGGCAGAAAUUGACCCUCAAUCCAUCCGCCAGUGUUUGCCUGAAGAAUUGCAAUACUCUUGUCGUUUUUGGGCGUAUCAUCUGACUCAAGGCAAAGAAUCCCUCAACAGAAUGGGUGAGGUAUUCUCGUUCCUUCAAAAGCACUUCCUGCACUGGUUGGAGGCGAUGAUUCUGUUAGGUCUUAUGUCAGACGUGGUAGAGACUCUUAACGUCCUGCAGACGGUUAUCUCAGGCGACUCUCAUCCGGCAAUUUGUGAUUUCCUACGUGAUGCAAGGCGCUUUGUUCUCAAAAAUCGUCAGAUAACUGAUGAGGUGCCUUUGCAGCUUUAUUAUUCGGGAUUGCUAUUUACACCACUAACGGCAAUCAUUCGCAGAGAGUUCAAAAAAGACUUCCCUACUUUUAUAGAGCAGUUAACGCAGAUUGAAAAAAGGUGGAGUCCAGAAUUACAGGCUCUAGAGGGCCAUUCAUCUGCGGUUAUCUCGGUAAAUUUCUCGCCCGACAGCCAGCUGUUGGCGUCUGGCUCCGAUGAUAAGACCAUCCGGCUUUGGAAUAUGGCGACUGGCACCUUACAACAGACUCUUCAGGGCCAUUCAGAUGGUGUCACAACAGUAGCCUUCUCACCCGACUGCCAGGUACUGGCAUCUGGCUCCUUUGAUAGCACUAUCCGGCUCUGGGAUACAUUGACUGGUACCUUGCAGCAGACUCUCCGGGCCCAUUCAGAUUUAAUUUCCUCGGUAACCUUCUCACCUAAUGGCCGACUGUUGGCAUCUGCUUCCUUUGAUACAACAGUCCGACUCUGGGAUACCAUAACUGGUGCCCUAGAAUAUACUAUUAACGCUCACUCAUAUUGGGUUCGGUGGGCUGCCUUCUCUCCUGAUAGCCGGCUGCUAGCAUCUGGCUCUGAGGAUCUGACUAUCUGUCUCUGGAAUAUAGUUACUGGUACUUUACAGGACACUCUCAAAGGUCAUUCCCGUCCAGUUCGGUCAGUGGCCUUCUCUCCUGAUGGCCAACUUCUAGCUUCUGGCUCUGAAGAUAAGACUAUCUGUCUCUGGGAUAUAGCUACUGGUACCUUACGGAAUACUCUCAAAUGCUACUCUAGUCUGGUUCGGUCGGUGGUAUUCUCACCCAGUGGCCAGAUUCUGGCGUCUGGUUUUGAUGAUAAGACUGUCCGGCUUUGGAAUACUACGACUGGUAUCCCAGAAUAUACUUUUAAAGGCCAUUCAGGUCCAGUUACCUCAGUGGCCUUUUCUCCUGAUGGCCAGCUGCUGGCGUCUGGUUCCGAUGAUAAGACCAUCCGGCUUUGGGAUAUGGCGACUGGUAAUUCACAACAGUCUACUGAGGAUCAUUAUUCACAUUCUGUCAAUUCGGUAGCCUUCUCACCAGACAGCCAAUUGCUGGCGUCUGGAUCCUUUGAUAUGAAAGUCAGGCUCUGGGACACAGCGACUGGGUGUCUGCUGCUAAGUCUCAAGGGGCAUUCUCAUAAGGUUUCCUCAGUUGCCUUCUCACCAGAUGGUCAGCUGUUAGCAUCUGGUUCCUUUGAUAGGACCGUCCGGCUCUGGGAUACGAAAACUGGUGUAUUACGGCACACUCUCAAGAUUCAUUCGGUUUGGGUUCUGUCAGUAGCAUUCUCACCUGAUGGCUGGCUUCUAGCAUCUGGAUCUGAGGAUCGGACUAUCUGUCUCUGGGAUAUAGUUACUGGUACUUUACAGGACACUCUCAAAGGUCAUUCUCGUCCGGUACGAUCAGUAGCCUUCUCUCCUAAUGGCCGACUGUUAGCGUCUGGCUCUGUGGAUGCAACUGUCCGGCUCUGGGAUACUGCGACUGGUACUCUGAAAAAUACUUUGAGAGGCCAUUCAGAUUCAGUUACCUCAGUGGCCUUUUCUCCUGAUGGCCAGCUGCUGGCGUCUGGCUCCGAUGAUAAGACCGUCCGAUUUUGGGAUACAGCUACCGGCACCUUACAGCGGGCUUCUAAUGUAGAAGAUGGUUUCACCAGCCUCGAAUUUUCUGAAGAUGGUUCAUACCUAAAGACGAAUCUGGGGCCUCUUGAUAUUCAGUUUAUGUGUGGCGGUCAUCCUUCAAAUACACCUCAUAUGAAUUUGAGCAUCUUCAUCAAACAGAGGCAGUGGAUAACAUUAAACGGCAAAAGGCUACUGUGGCUUCCCAAUGAGGCUCGGCCCACCUGUUCCGCGGUAGAUGGUGGUAUGCUUGCCCUAGGACAUGUAUCAGGGCGGAUUUCCUUCAUACGAGUUCAUUUGGCAUCUUCGAAGCAUGAGAAGAUCGUACGAACGCAGCUCAAUGAGGGUGACAACGUGAAUGUUCAAGGUGGAGCGCAUGAAAAUGCGCUACACGCCGCUUCAUUGAAAGGAAGUGAAAAGGUGGUGCAGGUGCUACUUGAUCGGGGAGCCAACGUCGACACGCAAGGUGGACAGUACGGUAGCGCUCUCCAGGCCGCAUCAUUCCGGGGCCACGAGAAAGUGGUGCAAAUGCUACUUGAUCGGGGAGCCAACGUCGAUACGCAAGGUGGACAGUACGGUAGCGCUCUCCAGGCCGCAUCAUUCCGGGGCCACGAGAAAGUGGUGCAAAUGCUACUUGAUCGGGGAGCCAAUGUCGACACGCAAGGUGGACAGUACAGUAGCGCUCUCCAGGCUGCAUCAUUCCGGGGCCACGAGAAAGUGGUGCAAAUGCUACGUGAUCGGGGAGCCAACGUCGACACACAAGUUGGACAGUACGGAAACACACUUCAAGUAGCAUUCUCUGGAGGCCAUAAUGAGAGUGAGCGGACGUUGCUUUGGCGAGACACUUACGAGGCUAUGGCGGAGCAGAGAGACAGGCAAACAUAUCAACCAGGGAAGCCACGAGACAUAUUUGAAGCCUUCAGUAUUCUUCAACGCUGCGGACGUCAGAGGCUACCGAAGCACAUAAUUUCGCUUAUUCUGGAUUUUGCUAGAUAUUGGUUGCUUUCCAAGGUCACUAGGAAGGACCUCAUCAGUAUCGUCGCAAGGGACUGCAAAGACAAGCCACCAUAUCUGACGUCUGAACCUAUUCAAAGCUUUAAUACUCACGUUCGGGAGAUCAAAGUCAUCAUUUGGAGUCACGACCAAGGCUUCAGCUCUUAUCCCGAGGAUCAUGGGACGUUUAAAAACAGUUGGACAUGGUUUGAGCUUGAAAUUGAAAGGCCACCAAAGAGCCUACGCUUUGAAGAUCCUGUAGCGACAAAUAUGCACGCAUGCAAAGAGUUCCAAUGUCAUAUGAAAGUCUUUAGUGGUGAAGGAUCUGACGAGGCCAAUGGCUUGAUAAAAACACUCCAAACUGGUGAUAGAGUGUCAAUCAUUCCGAUGGCCCGUUUCCCUGGUUGGAGAAACUACGUGCGAGAAGCCUCCAUUGAGGUAUAUAGUACAUGUCUACGGUAG